CCCAACAACUGUCUAUUCUUCCAUUCCAGCUAGCAGCUCUCCAUCCACUAGUGUAUCCGUUCCAACAACAAUUGUUUCGUCAUCUGUUACAACGGUUUCGUCAACCAGUCUUCUAUCUUCUGUCUUAACUACGGCACCUCCACAACUGCCAUCAACUGGAUUUGUUAUUAUCAAGUCAUCAACACCUACAUCAUCAAUUCCCCAAAGCUCUUUGCUGAAAUCAUCAUCAUACGUAUUUACCAAACCACCACCCCCUUCAUCUUCUGUUCCAAAAACACCAUCUACUGCAUCGAGUCCUCAACCACCCAGCAGCACUGUGGCUCCCCCAACAACUGUCUAUUCUUCCAUUCCAGCUAGCAGCCCAACAACUGUCUAUUCUUCCAUUCCAGCUAGCAGCUCUCCAUCCACUAGUGUAUCCGUUCCAACAACAAUUGUUUCGUCAUCUGUUACAACGGUUUCGUCAACCAGUCUUCUAUCUUCUGUCUUAACUACGGCACCUCCACAACUGCCAUCAACUGGAUUUGUUAUUAUCAAGUCAUCAACACCUACAUCAUCAAUUCCCCAAAGCUCUUUGCUGAAAUCAUCAUCAUACGUAUUUACCAAACCACCACCCCCUUCAUCUUCUGUUCCAAAAACACCAUCUACUGCAUCGAGUCCUCAACCACCCAGCAGCACUGUGGCUCCCCCAACAACUGUCUAUUCUUCCAUUCCAGCUAGCAGCUCCAAACCCACUUCGUCACCGAAGCCCACCAGCAGCACUGUGGCUCCCCCAACAACUGUCUAUUCUUCUAUUCCAGUUAGCAGCUCUCCAUCCACUAGUGUAUCCGUCCCAACAACAACUAUUUCAUCUGCUCCGUCAAGUGUAUUUUCGUCUUCAGUUGUACGGAGUUCAACAAUCACUCGAUCACGACCGACAACAAGUGUUUUUUCACCAAGCAUAUUCAUACCCUCGUCAUCUAGCAGUAUAUUCACACCGAGUACCAGUAUUUUCAGUCCACCUCCUCCCUCAAGUUCUGCUCCAAUUUCAAUCCCUACCAGUUCACCAUCGUCCCCGUCAUUUAGUAGCCGUUAUUCACCCUCACCGUCCUUCAGCACACCAGCUUCCAGUGGUCCGUCUUUGAGCAGUAGCAGCAUUUCCGUUCCAUCGUCCGUAAUCACCUCACCAAUUACUUCCACUUCGAAGCCAAGCGUCUCUGUUAUCACAACUUCCCCGAUCGUGUCCAGCGUUCCUUCGUCUAUUCGUCCUUCAUCGCCAAGUCCGUCUAGUAGGCCUUCUGCAUCUGUGAGUGUAUGCCCCAGCUGCUUCUACAAAGGGAACUUUUAUCCGCCGAACAGCACGUGGUCUGAUGGACCUUGCACUACCCUUCACUGUAAGGAAGUGCCAAACGCCUGCGUGCCUCUCAACCAAAGCGUUCAAAUUGAGAAAAACAUCGAGAAAUGUGAACCUUGUGCACAGGGGUAUACCCGUCCAGAAUCGGAUGUUGAAUGUUGUCCGGCUUGCGUUCCCAAACCAGGAACUCUUCCGCCAAGUCUCAACCUUUGUCAAGCGUCUGCUGUGGAAGAUAUGCACAUCACCGAUAAUAAUUGCACGUCCACUGUGAAAGUUAAAACAAGAAGAUGUUCCGGUUUAUGUCAAUCUUCCUACGAUCCGGGCACAGAUACCAGCCAUUGCUAUUGCUGUCGUCCCAAGAAAUUCAAAUUGGUCAACGUGAAUUUGGAGUGCGAAAAUCCUGUCGAUAAUUUCAUCAAAGAAGUGAAGGUUGUCGAGGAAUGCGAUUGCCAGGUUAUGACUUAGCUCGCUGUCAGUUUAACAAGUACUUCUCGUCUCUAUUAUUAGUUGUAUUAAUCAUUUGAAUAUAUGCUAGAUGAAAUGUUAAAGGCAUAGUAAAAUAUAUGUAACAAUUAUCAAACA